AUGAUGCCAUCUUUUGCUCUCCUUUGUCUAUCAAUUGCUAUAAUUGAAUCCAUGGCAGGAAUUCUAGGAACUGGAAUAAUCUUGGCUGUGUGUUCAUCAAGCUGCAUUAGGAGCAAAACAUGGUCCCCAUAUGAUAUGAUCAUGGUCUCGGUGAGUUCAUCUAGAUUCAUUUUGCAGUCAUGGACUACACUGGAUUUCUCAAUGAAUAUAUUUUAUGAACCCAUCUUUGAAACCGAAAAUUGGACUGCACCUGCUAAGAUAAUUUUUACGUUUCUGAACUACUCCAGCCUCUGGUUUGGAGCCUGGCUUAAUGUCUUCUACUGUAUCAAGGUUACCAGAUUUACACAGCCUUUCUUCACCUGGCUGAAGCAAAGAUUUGCCAGGCUGGUGCCCUGGAUGCUGCUCACAUCAUGCCUCUGCUCCAUCACAGCUGCAAUUCCCUUCGCCUGGGACAUCUACGGUGGGCACAACAACUUCACUGCUCCUUCAUCCCUGACAAACGCUUCAGCAAUGAGAACCACAAGGAAAGACACUUUGAGCAUAUUAAUUCUUCUCUCUAAUGCUGGUAUAGGUGUACCUUUAAUACUGUCUGUUGCUUCAAGUGUUCUGCUGAUUUGGUCUCUCUGGAUACACACCAGACGGAUGCAAAAUAAUGCAAGUGGCUCCAGGGAUCCCAGCUUAGAGGCACAUAUCAAUGCCAUCAAGUCAGUCUGUUCCUUCCUCAUCCUUUACAUUAUAUAUUUUACAUGCGUGCUUGUCAUUGUAUUCAGUGUCUUUUCACCUUUAAGCAAUGGAGACUCGAUCUGUGUAGUUUUAAUGGCUGCCUGUCCUACAGGACACACAUUGGUUUUAAUUUGGAGCAAUCCAAAAUUUCGAGAGCUGCCAGCUCGGAUUUGGCAUCGCACUAACUGUCACGUGAGAACUGCAUCCAUGUAA